AUUAGAGAUAAUGAAAUUACAGUAGAAUAAACGAAAUGUUGUAAUUACUGAUUCAACAGGUGGGAGUUGGGCAAGGAGCAUGAUCCUGGAGUGUGUUUACAGAGGGUGUGUGUGUGUUUUAAUGAUAACUCCCAGUGUUAUAAAGGAGACACACUCAUGACUCUUGAUUUUCCAGAACAGAAGCCGGUUCCUGAAGCAGCUGUUGAAAUAAACCCAGUUUCCUGGAGCUGAAGAUGAGAACGUGAAAGAACAAGUAUAGCAGCGAUGUGAGGAAAGAAUGAGUGAAGCAAUCAGAGGUGGAGAGAAAACUACAGGACUCAUGUCGGAGUCCAGAGACUCGACUGACGAUCAGUCUGCAGACACAACCACACAACUGAAGACCAGAUCCAGCCCUGAACCCCUCAGCCUGGUUCGCUGUGCCGCCUGCUACAACCACAAGUCCAGCACCGUGUCAUGGCGCGGGGACGCCGGCGAGUCCAGCUCCUCGGCCGAAGACUCCGGUCCAGAGGUCGAGGACGAAGAGUCAGAGGCAGAGUCCAGCUCCUCCAGCUCCAGCAGCAGCAGCAGCUCCGCCAACGGGGGGCCUGAACCCGAGAGGAGUGGAGAUGCUGCUGAGGAUGAAUCCAGAGGAGAGGGAGGAGGAGGAGGAGGAGGAGGAGAGGACGGUGAUGAGACGGGAGAGACGUCAAACAGGCGGGAGGAUAAGAACGAGCCUCCCUCCCUGACUCCUCACCUCAUCCCUCUCUCCUUCCUGCCUCGCCCCCCCCAGGUCGUCUCCACCCUCCACCUGCAGGUGCUCCCUCAGAACUGUGGUGAUGAUGCAACGCUCUUCAACAUCCGAGAACGCAGGCCUGAGAGAGAGGACGAGGACACACAGGAGAGUUACGGAGGAGGAGGAGGAAGCAUCUACAAGCUUCUGCCUCCACAGCCGCAUCAAUACCAGCAGAUGAUGUUACCAUGGCAACAGAUGUCACAACCAACAAUACAGCAACAUCAUCAUCAUCAACAACAACUUCAAAGACCUGGACACCGCUCAGCUCAGGGUCAAAGGUUACCACCUCCCUCAUGCACACGCCCCCCGACACCGUGCACGCCCCUGUGGGCACCAAACCCACCAUACACACACGCACUCAGUCUGCAGCCAUGUUGGCACUGUCGCCGCAUGCACCCCCCAAACACACACUGCAGCUAUUAACCAGGUGAGUCCGACUGUGCAGCAGUGGACCGUGAUCAUGAUGUGUGUGUGUGUGUGAUCUGUGAUCUGUGUGUGUGUGUGUGUGUGAUCUGUGAUCUGUGAUCUGUGUGUGUGUGUGUGUGUGAUCUGUGUUGACGUGGUGGACAUAUUCUGAUGUGUUAUUGUGUGUCUCUAAUUAAAAGUGUAAACAAAUUUACUCAACGAGGAAUUUGUUCCUAUUUAAUCUUGUAUAUAAAGAAACUUCUGGAUUAAACUGUGUAAAGAGUUUGAAGCUCUUGACUUUGGAUUCGUAUCCGUCACACGGUUCCAUCAGGAGGCGUCUGACUCAUCCUGCAGCAUCGAACAACGAGUCCACACACUGAGUCAGAGUCCUAACAUCUGUCUCCAGAGAACCAGGAGUCCUGCAGCAGAGGGUUUGGCCCCUGAAGGUCCCUGGAGUGAGGAAUCACAGGAAGAGACAGAAUAAAGUUCAUGAAACAUCUUAUCUGCCGAGAUCACAGAGCAGCGACACACACGACACACAGACCAGUGGGAAACUUUCCUGUGUCGUCAAUUUAAUUUCUAUGUUGUAUUUUUUUGUCCUUUCAUUACUGCUCGUCCGCUGCUGUGUGGUUAAAGUAAAUACUCUGUAUAUAUAGAAUA